AUGCCUGAAUUCUUAUGCCACAUUGCUGUCAUCGGCGCCGGACUGGGUGGCUUGGCUGCAGGCAUCGGUAUCUUGCAAGCUGGGCAUCGCGUCUCCAUAAUUGAACGAGCACCAGCUUUGGCAGAGAUCGGCGCUGGAAUCCAGGUUCCUCCCAACACAACCAGGAUCCUGAAGAGAUGGGGUGUCCUCGAACAGUUGAUCAAGGUAUCUGAUAGGCCCAAAGAAUCGGUCCUGCGCUCAUAUCGCGAUGGAAGAAUACUCUCAAGUCUUGAUCUACAAAAAUGCUCGGAAGAAUUGUACGAUCAUCCUUAUCUUCAUGUCCAUCGUGCCGACUACCAUACUGUGCUGGCUGAGGAAUUCCGACGGCUUGGAGGCAGCAUCGCAACGAACUCGGAGGUCACCAGCGUCAACUUUAAUGAUUCGACGGUUCAAAUCAAAGGAGGCCCAGAUAUCAAAGCCGACUUGAUCAUCGGAGCAGAUGGCGUAAAGUCCAUCUCUCGCGAACUGUUGCUAGGCCGCGCCGACCCCCCUCGGUCCAGUGGUGAUAUGGCUUAUCGCCUUGUGAUUCGCGAAAAGGAUAUUAGAAAGCACCCAAAUCUUGUAGACUUGGUGAACUCGGGUCGCAUCAACAAUUGGAUAGGGCCGGAUCAACAUGUGAUGGGAUACAAAUUGCGGGACGGGGACUUGUUCAACAUCGUGAUCGCCUGUACGGAUACUUUACCGGAGACAACCAAUAUGGCGCUUGCCGGCGCCCAGGAGCUCAGGGACAGGGUCAUGGGAUGGGAUCCCGAUCUGGAAGCACUCGUCGCUCUGGCAUACGAAGGUAGCAAAGGCCGCUUGAUGCGAGUUGAUGAGAUGGAAUCCUGGGUGCACCCCUUAGGGAGGUUUGUGCUCCUGGGAGACUCCUGUCACGCGACGCUGCCAUAUCUAGCACAAGGGGCCGCCCAAGCAAUCGAGGACGGUGCCGUCCUUGGCCACCUUUUCGAGAAGGUCAGCCAUGCCAGUCAACUACCCGACAUUCUUACCAUCUACGAAGCUCUGCGGAAGCCGCGUACCAGCCGAGUCGUCAGGGACUCCACCCGGGGCAGACGGAUUCUUCAUCUUCCCGACGGACCUGCCCAGGAAGAGCGAGAUCGCCAGCUGCAAGAGGAACGGCCUUUCGAAGGCUUCGCUCAUGCGUGGGCCGAUCCGGCGAUGCAGGAAUUCUUAUAUGGCUAUGAUGCUCGCAAGGAGGUGAAUCGUGCUUGGGACGUUUAUCUGUCGGGCCAGUUUCCUCUCACCACAAAUGCUUGGAAAUUAUAG